GCCGCGCACCCCGCGCCGCUCGCAGAAGCAUUGAGGGGCGGCAGCGAGGCAGGCGCGGAGCGGCGGAGCGGUCUGCCCCGGGAGGAGGAUGGCCGCGGCGGCGGGGCAGCGCCGGGGAACCGCCGCCCCACUACUCGCCCUCGCCCUGGGGCUCCUCGCCGCCGCCGCGCAGGUUUGUGGAGACCAAAGCCAAGGAGCAGUUUUCCUACGUGAAUUUACAUUGAUCCGAAGAGAAAGCCUACAUGAUGAUUUCCUGUCUGAUUUGCUGAAUAACCACAGAAUGGAAGAUCCGAGCUCCCGAACAGCUCGCUCAGAGGAAGAUCGAGACUCACUGUGGGAUGCCUGGGGUUCGUGGAGUGAAUGUUCACGCACUUGUGGAGGAGGGGCUUCAUAUUCACUGAGACGUUGCCUGAGCAGCAAGACCUGUGAAGGGCGAAACAUCCGAUACAGGACAUGCAGCAAUGUGGACUGUCCUCCAGAAGCAGGUGAUUUUCGUGCUCAGCAGUGCUCAGCUCAUAACGAUGUCAAGUACCAGGGAGAGUUUUAUGAGUGGCUUCCAGUCUCUAAUGAUCCUGACAACCCAUGCUCACUGAAGUGCCAGGCCAGAGGAGCAGCUUUAGUUGUAGAGCUGGCACCAAAGGUUCUGGAUGGGACCCGAUGCUACACCGAAUCCCUGGAUAUGUGCAUCAGCGGCUUGUGCCAAAUCGUUGGCUGUGACCACCAGCUGGGAAGCACUGCCAAGGAAGAUAACUGUGGGGUCUGCAAUGGUGAUGGGUCCACCUGCCGGCUGGUUCGAGGCCAGUAUAAGUCCCAGCUCUCAGCAAAUAAAAUGGUUGAUACAGUGGUUGCUAUUCCCUAUGGAAGCAGACAUGUUCGCCUCGUGCUGAAAGGACCUGAUCAUUUAUAUUUGGAAACCAAGACUCUCCAAGGUCUUAAGGGUGAAAACAACCUCAGCUCCACAGGUUCCUUCACUGUGGACAAUUCUAGCAUCGACUUCCAGAAGUUUCCAGACAAGGAGAUAUUGAAAAUAUCUGGGCCUCUCACUGCAGACCUCACUAUCAAGAUCGUCUAUGCUGGUGCUGCUGACAGUUCGGUCCAGUUUAUCUUCUACCAGCCAAUCAUUCACCGAUGGAGAGAAACUGAUUUUUUCCCUUGUUCAGCAUCCUGUGGAGGAGGUUAUCAACUGACUUCUGCUGAAUGUUUUGAUCUGAGAAGCAAUCGGGUAGUAGCAGAUCAAUACUGUCACUAUUACCCUGAAAAUAUCAAGCCAAAGCCAAAACUUCAGGAGUGUAAUCUGGAUCCUUGUCCUGCAAGUGAUGGAUACAAGCAGAUCAUGCCCUAUGACCUCUACCAUCCCCUUCCUCGAUGGGAAAGUACACCCUGGACUGCCUGCUCCUCAUCCUGCGGAGGGGGCAUUCAAAGCCGCAGUGUCUCAUGUGUGGAGGAAGACAUUCAAGGGCAUAUUAGCCCUGUGGAAGAAUGGAAAUGCAUGUACACUCCAAAGAUGCAUGUUGUCCAACCUUGCAAUAUAUUUGACUGCCCAAAGUGGCUUGCUCAGGAAUGGUCACCGUGCACUGUGACCUGUGGACAAGGGCUCAGAUAUCGUGUGGUCCUUUGCAUUGAUCACAGGGGGAUGCAUACAGGAGGCUGUAGCUCUAAAACAAAGCCACACAUAAAAGAAGAAUGCAUCGUACCCACUCCUUGCUACAAACCCAAAGAGAAACUUCCCAUGGAAGCAAAGUUGCCGUGGUACAAACAAGCUCAAGAGCUGGAGGAAGGAGCAGUGGUGUCUGAAGAACCUUCACUGUGCAUGGCAUUCUCAAGGUUUAUUCCUGAGGCUUGGUCCUCCUGUAGUGUCACCUGUGGAGUGGGCACCCAGGUGCGGCUUGUGAAAUGUCAAGUGCUUCUGUCAUUCUCUCAGUCUGUGGCUGACUUGCCCAUUGAUGAAUGUGAAGGUCCCAAACCUGUGUCUCAAAGAGCCUGUUACAGUGGUCCCUGCAGCGGAGAGGCAACUGAAUAUACACCAGAAGAAACUGAACUGCUGUAUGGCAGAUUGCAGGAAUUUGAUGAGCUCUAUGACUGGGAAUAUGAGGGCUUCACUGAGUGUUCAGAGUCUUGUGGAGGAGGUGUCCAGGAGGCUGUGGUGACCUGCCUGAACAAGCAAACCAGGGAGACUGCAGAUGAGACGCAGUGUGUAACGAGCCGCCGUCCUCCACAGCUGCUGAAAGCCUGUAGUCUGGACCCCUGCCCUCCAAGAUGGGAAAUUGGGAAAUGGAACACCUGCAGUCUUACGUGUGGGGUCGGAUUGCAGACACGAGAUGUCUUCUGUUCUCACCUACUAUCAAGAGAAAGUAAUGAGACCGUGAUCUUAGCAGAUGAAUUUUGCCAUAAACCUAAGCCAUCCCUUGUACAAGCCUGUAAUCGCUUUGACUGCCCACCCUCCUGGUAUACUGCAGAAUGGCAAGAGUGUUCACAGACAUGUGGAGGUGGUGUCCAGAAGCGAGAUAUACUUUGCAAGCAGCGCCUGGCAGAUGGAAGCUUGUUGGAGUUGCCAGAAACCUUCUGCUCCAUGCCAAAGCUUGUUUCCCAGCAAACCUGCAAAAAUGAGGACUGUCCUAAUGAGUGGCUUCUCUCCGACUGGUCACAGUGUUCAGUGAGUUGUGGAGAGGGGACCCAGAGUCGAAAUGCUAUUUGCAGAAAGAUGCUGAAAACUGGGGGUUCCAUCAUCAUCAAUUCCUCCCUGUGCCCACCUUUGCCAUUCUCAUCCUUGCUCAGGCCCUGCGCACUAGCAACCUGUGCAAGGCACAACAGGCCAGCUCAUAAGCAAAGUCCUCAUAUUGUGGCUGUAAAGAAAGUUUACAUCCAGACAAGGAAGCAGAAGAAGCUACACUUUAUUGUGGGUGGGUAUGCCUACCUGCUGCCCAAAACCUCCAUUAUUCUCCGAUGCCCCACAAGGAGGUUCCGGAAGUCGAUGAUAUUUUGGGAGAAGGAUAACAAGAGGCUCAUCAGCUCAGCUCACAUCACCAUUGCACCCUAUGGGUACAUGAAAAUCCAUCGUUUGAAACCUUCAGACUCUGGGAUAUAUACCUGCAUAGCAGGGCCAGCCCGGGAGCAUUUUGUAAUUAAACUAAUAGGAAGCAACAAAAAUCUCAUUGCUGGGCAGCCAGCUGGCAUUAGGGAGGAAGAGGCCAUGAGAAAGGCCAGCCUAAAUGAAGCCUUGCGAACACAGGAGAAACAUAUCAAUGGGAUUCUCUUCAAUGGGAGCAGGACUGAAAAACGAGGGCAUCUUGCUGACCCUAGUGGCUGGUAUGACAAUAUUGUCUCAAGGCUGCUACAGCACAGGGGCUGGCCAGGGGAAAAUCCGGAGUUCUGGGAAGUUCAGGAGUCCACAGAGAGAAAUGUGUCCUCAGAGGAAGACCAGAGCCAGGAGUAUAGCCUGCCAUUUACUAUGGUCACAGAGCAGAGACGAUUGGAUGAUAUCAUAAGGAAUUUGUCUCAGCAACCUGAGGAGCUUAAAGAUAUUUACUCUGAGCAGCUUGUUGUACAGCUGGCUCAUGAUAUUUUCAAGAGCCACAUGGAGCAUCAAGAAUCUGUCCUCAAAGCAUCAAGGCGAAGAGUUGAUUCAGCUUCCAUGGAAUACCCUUUCCACAGACAUGUUUCUGGAUUUACUAGCUCCCUGAGGGCAUCAUCUGCUGAAGCUCUUCUUCCCACCUCUAUGAACCCAACAAAUGGCUUGCACAGCCCUCAUCAAAAGCCUGCCAUCCUCCGAAAGAUUUCAGCAGCACAACAGCUUUCUGCUUCAGAGGUUGUCACCCACCUGGGACAGACAGUGGUCCUAGCCAGUGGCACACUGAGUGUGUUGCUUCACUGCGAAGCAGUGGGAAACCCAAAGCCCACCAUCAGCUGGGCUAAGAAUGGAGAGGAGGUGAAAUACAAUGAUAGGAUGCUACUUCAGCCUGAUGACUCCUUGCAGAUUCUGGCACCUGUGGAAGCUGAUGUGGGUUUCUAUGCUUGCAAUGCAUCUAAUGCUCUGGGAUCUGAUUCUGUGUCCAUUGCUGUCACUCUAGCAGGAAAACCAUUAAUAAAGGCAUCAAGAGCUACUGUGAUCAACACUGAAUUGCCUGCUGUCACUGCUGAUAUUGGAAGCACAGUGAAAACAGUCCAGAGAACCAAUGUUAGCAUUAACUGCCAGGUUGCAGGUGUUCCUGAAGCGGAAGUUACUUGGUUUAAAAAUAAGGUCAAGCUGUCCCCUGCUCACCACCUGCGUGAUGGGUUGCUGCUAAUUGCAAAUGUUUCUCUGUCAGAUCAGGGGUUAUAUUCCUGCAGGGCAGCCAAUCUGCGUGGGGAGGUAACUGAGAGUUCCCAGCUGUUGGUUCUUGAGCCUCCACGACCCCUUCCUUACCUAGAAAACUUGACAGCAGUGCUUUCCAGCGCUGGGACCAGCCCUCCUUCAGUGUUGACCUCUCCUUCAGGAACAAAAAUGACCAUCAGUCCAGGGAGCUCUGCUCUAAUAGGUUGUGCUGUGGAUGGCCAUCCAGCCCCAAACAUCACCUGGCUUUACUCUGGAAAGCCUCUCAAUCUGAGGCAUCGCUUCCUGGCAGCAGGACGAAUUCUUCAGAUACUCAACAUCAGCGAUGCUCCUGAAGGAGAAUUCAGCUGCCUUGCUCAGAAUGAGGCUGGCUCACUCUUACAAAAAACCUCCCUGGCAAUACAAGACUACCAGUGGUCAGUGGACAAGCUGAUGGCUUGUUCUGCUUCCUGUGGCCACAAAGGGGUACAGUUGCCCCAGCUGAGGUGCUUACUGGAUGGGACUGAAGUCAAUAUAUCCAACUGCAAAGAGAAGCCCAAGCCAGCCCUGCAGCCCAUCGCAUGCAAUAGGAGAGACUGCCCUUCACGAUGGAUGGUAACGUCAUGGUCUCCGUGUACACAGAGCUGCGGUGGAGGCAUCCAGAUGCGACGAGUGACAUGUCAACAACUGACAGCAAAAGGCAGCUCUGUCCCAGUGUCGAAUGAAGCCUGUGCUCAAGUGUCCAAGCGCCCUGUGGACACACAGAACUGUAACAGGCAACCCUGUGUUGAGUGGGUGGCCUCCUCCUGGGGCCAGUGUAAUGGGCCUUGCAUUGGACCACGACUCGCUGUACAACACAGACAGAUACGUUGCCAGAGAAAAGAUGGGACUUCUGUGUCAUCUGAUCAGUGCAGUGCCUUACCGAGGCCUCUGAGCACUCAGAACUGCUGGGCUGACAUCUGCGGUGUGCACUGGAGAGUCAGCUUGUGGACAGUGUGUACAGCUACCUGCGGAAACUAUGGCUUCCAGUCCCGGCGUGUGGACUGCGUGCACAUCCGUACCAACAAACCUGUGCUCGAGCACUACUGCUCCUGGAGACCGCGGCCAGUCAACUGGCAGCGCUGCAACAUCACGCCCUGUGAGAACAUUCUCUCCCCGAUCUCACUGGGAAUGGGAGGAGUGGUGCUGUGUGGUGCUAAGCACCACUAAACACAGAAAUAUAGAAGAGAGCUUCAGUGAUCAUCUAAUCCAGCUGCCUGGCUUGAAGUUUUUUGAUCUGCUCUCCUAAAAUGAGUCUCCAGUUUCAUUUACUACUUCACAUUCUGUUUAACAACUGUUAAAAAACUCUUUCUAGAGCAUCAGAUGGCAUACUGUGCUGGAGUGCACAAAUUGUGCUAAGUGCUGGAGCAGCUUCAAAAGCCAUCCUCACACUCGGAAAGCCAAAGCUGCCCACCCCAUUCACCUUUGAGCCUUUGACGGCUUAUAGUCCCCACUAAGUGUCUGCAGCAAGUCAAGGUCAUGCUCACAGUGAGACCUACCAACAUAAAACUGUUUUGAAUUGUUGUCAAGUGAAAAAAUCUUUCUUUUAUUGCUUCAUCAUCAUCUCUCCUUUUUGUUUCCCCUUUGGCAGUGGAGUGCAGAGACACCACAAGGUACUGUGAGAAAGUGAAGCAGCUCAAACUCUGCCAGCUCACCCAGUUCAAAUCACGCUGCUGUGGGACUUGCGGAAAAGCUUGAAGGCAAAUGCGAUGAAAAUGGAGGAACAAGGGGAUCUCAGCUUUUGCUUCACUGAGGCAAAGACUUCUACAGAAAAUAUAAAGGAAAUGGAAUUCUUUUUUUUUUUCAUUUUAUUUAUUUAUUUCCCUUUAAAAAAAAAGGAAAAAGAGAAGAAAAAAAAGGAAAAAGAAAACCCUUUACCAAAUCAUUGUUGUAAAGGGACUUGACAAGUUUUCCCUUCUAUAAAUCUGGGAGACAGAAUGCGGCAAAACAUGGUCGAAUCACAAACAUUGAAUCAUAAAGAUUCAAUGAUUCCCUUGCCACCGGGUCUGAGAGGAGAGGGGCUGCCUCAUAAUCCAUGUACACACCUGGGAAUACACCAUUAGACAGAUGGAGAAGUGGAUCAAAAUCAAAAUGUAGCAUCACAUUCAACCACCAAAACAUGAAUCAAAUAAUCAUUUUGACACAUAGUGGGGUACUGCAAACAAAACAAGCAAACAAAAAGCCGAGACAUUCAUCAGUGCAGUAUACAGACCCUACAUUUGUCUUAGGCUAAUUUGGGUAUUAUAAGCAUAUGAUAUUGCUUUAUAAUCCUAUUAGUUACUUCCAAGAUUGGAUUCCUUCUUUCCUUUCUAUGUCCUUCUCUCCUUCUCAUCAGAGGCCCUCAAAUGAUCUCAGUGGGAGAUCUUGUUAACCUUUGAGAAUCGAGUCUGGUGUCUGAGAAAGUUGAGCAAUGUUGUAUAACAUGAGUGAGUCUAGAAGACAUCUGAAAAUGUUCUCAAGUUGCAUUUGUGCGGGAGGGUUGGAGCUAAGAGUGUUGCCUUCAGCAUAAAGGUGAGGUGGUGAUGUCACCGUUUAUAUCUAGGAGAAGGAAGGAAAGUGUGAUCUGCUACAGGCAGGCUGUGAUACAAACCUGGAAAUGCUGUCCUGUACAGAACACAGACAGGAAAGAUGGCAAUUGUGGAAAUGAGAGCUGCUUCGCAUCCUACUUCCUACUAAUGCUUACUUGGAAUAGGUAGGAGAACCAGUACCCAGAGUUAAGGUGCUUUCAGAGCUGGCAUUUUGGUAAGAAGUUUGAGGAACUGGGUUUUCCUUUUCUGCUAACAUGAAUAUUUUCUGUCCUGACAGCCAACCCUUUCAGUAAAGUAGUAGAAAAUAAUCUAUUUUCUGAUAUUUCUGGCUGUUCCUACUCAGUAGGAGCAGAAUAGAUUCAGUAUCAGUCCCAGAGGACUAGCACUAAGAAAAUUUAAAAAAUUUGCUCCUCUCUGGCUGCAUUAUGCAACAAAAUGGGUGCUGUAAAGCUGCACAUUUUUAUACCCAGGUACUACACGCUAAAGAUAUUUUCUAAAAAGUGGGCCUCAAGUAUCUCAUAUUGCAUGCUGUCUGUAGAGCCUUAACAUAAGAAGAGUUUUGCAAAGGAGGGAGUUUGAGCAUCAUAAGAAAUUAAAGGCAAUCUGUCUGGAUCUGAGGUCUUGGUUCAAGGCCAUCUCUAAAUCAAAGGCUUGAUUGUGCCUCAUUCCCUAUGGGGCUCAGGCCUUGUGGUGCAUUAAUGAAAUGCUGUUCGAGUUCUGCUGUGUUACAGCUUCCACGAUGUGGCUUUUUCAGCAAAACUGGGAGUCCACUUCUGAGGUCAGUGUCAGGUUCAAGACAUUGACUUGUUUCUAGUUUGGUUGCUUCGGAACACGUAUGUCAGUGGAUGCUCUCACUUCAAAUGGGUCUUCAAGAAAUAGUGUUGCUAAGCUUCAAUGUAACUUUUUAUUUAAAAAAAAAAAGAAGAAUGUCUUUCUAUGUAUGUAAAUGUAUAUCUUUUCUGUAUAUUUAUUAGGAUUUCUUGUAUAAAAAGUGCAAUAUUAAUAAUUGUACAUUAUUUUGUUCAGAUAAAACUAUUUGGGUUUUUUUCAAUCUCCCCAGAAUUUUGUUCCUCUAAAAUCAAUGGUAAUAGAGUAAUUCUCACUUGCUUUUAAUUGAGGAUCUGCUUGACUGUGCACAGAGUGCUUUCUAAAAUAUGACAUGAGGGAAGGAUGAUAUUUUAACUUGUGACUUGAUAGUUAUGCAUGGAAUUAAGGACAAUUCCUUAAUAAUAAUAACAAUAAUAACAAUAAGAAUGUGGUGGAUAUUUCUAAUACAGUAGUUAACAAAAAGCAGCACGGGGAAGUACUGACAUUUGUUUGAUUGCAAAGCAUAUUUAUAUUCAUGUUGAAUAGCAGCUGUGUAACUGUGCCCAGGAUAAACAAGGUGAUUAGAUCCGGAGGAGCCAUUGUGUCAUCUCUGCACAGUGUGAAUUUAAUUUCACAUAUUUGUUCUGUGAAUUGUGACUUGGCAGCAUCUCAGUAAUGCAAGAUUCCUGGAUGUUUUAUAAAAGGACACUUUCCUUCUCUAACAAGAAAACAAACCAGCAAACUUGUAUUUAUAUAAUUUUUGUAUAGGUAAUGCAGGUUACUUACUUAACUACUGCUGUUUGAUGUGUUGUUAAUAUUGAGUUUAAAAACAAAAGCCAAACAAGGAGCAUGCUGUCCUUAUUCUGUAUCACACUAGUAGCAAACAGCUACUACAUUAAACACACAUGAUCCACCAUCACUCUCUUUCCCCAUGGCAGGAUCUACCCUGUCUUCAUUUUUUUUAAAAGUCUGCAGUCAUUAACAUUCUGCACUCAAACUUGGGAGAACUUUCUGAAUUCUUCAUCACCCUUGCUUUACUCUUUUCUGCCUCUACAGCUCUUCUAGAAGUAGAUGGGCAUCACUGGUCACUAUCUUACACUUAAUAGAAGUGUAUUCCUUUUUCACACACAGAAACUCUCAAAGACAUCUUGUAGCUCUCCUCAGUAAUCACUGGAGGGAAGCAACACCCACUACCUCUAAUAUUCAUUCUUUUCUUAUAGGUCCUUGCUGCUUUCAGUAACAGAGCUUGCAACUCCUUGAAGCAUCAAGAGUAUACUUAGAAGAAAUCCUAAUCGUGAUCAAAGAUAAAGGGAGGUUGAGGGGAACAGGAAUAAGGCAAAGAUAUUUUCUCUUAAAAAAGACAAACAGAAGUUUUGAAAACUAAGUUGAUUCUUCUGUCUCCCUUUUCAAACAAACUUUGUAAUGUAUCUUCUAAAAAGGAACGGUGAUUUUGCUUUGAAUUACUGAGAAUUUACACAGUAUGAUGUUCCUAGCUAUACUUUUGAGACACCUGCAAUGCAAGUAAAUAAUACCUCACACAAGCACGCAUACACAGAGUUCCAGGCCGAAGAUCAGCCCUAAGGCUGAGACUAAGUGAUAGCACUGAACGUAAUGGGAAUUUGUAAUGGUAAUUGGUCAUUCAUUUUGAGUAAAGCGAGUAGAAAAGCUGGUGUUGAUGUAAAAUGAAAAGCAGACCAGCUGAGAUUCUCCAGAGAACAAUUAUUCCCUCUUUAUACAUAUGGCUCUAGUUACCAGUCAAGUCAGAAUGCUUUCAGAACCUUCAAAGCAAGCUUCCAGUUUUGUUCUCCCCACUAAUUUUCACUGAGAAAGAAAAACAGUUGUGCAGCAAGCAGAGAAAUGCAGCGCUGAAAGGUUCCCAACAGGAGACCUCCUCCAGCCUCCUGUUCUGUGGAAAAGUAAGCACAUCUAAGCUACUCCAGACUUAUAUGUCUAGGUACAUGCCUUUAAAGCCACAGAAGCCAUGGGGAGAGCUUUCUGAAGUAAUCAUUAGCUGGAAUGUUUUUUCCUACUAUCUGACUGUAAUCAUAUGAACUGCAAUCUAAGCUUUUUUUUUAAAGAAAAAGCUAAUUUCUUCUCCGCAGGUAUAAAGCUAACACUUGCUCACUGCUCUUUUUAGCUGACUUCUCCUUAGUAGAAGAUCCCUUCUUCCACACCUGGCGAAUCUUUCCUCUUCCAUCUUGUAGGAUGGAGCUCAUUUCUUCAGCUUCUUUCAGAGUUCUGACUCUCUAGUCUUCCUCUUCCAUUGCUUCAGCUAGUUUAUCUGCACCCUCUCUCAUUUUUGGUUCUUGCAGUCGGGCACACACUCCAGUGCGUAAGUAAGUAGCACCAGUAACUGGAAAAGUCUUGACUGAUUUUCAUCUACACUUCACAUCAAGACUUCUGCUUGCAAUGGCUUCACACUUCAGCUUGUCCACUUCAUAGCCCCAUACUGCCACUGACAUACCUCAUCUAUUAACAUUAGCAAGAUUUGAACCCUGAUUUUUGCCAUUGGAAAUACUAUUAUAUCGCCAGUGUGGCAUAAAUCACACAGCUCUUCAGUGCAUUCUUUAUUUCAGUUUUUAAGUAUUAGAAGUAGGAGAGGAAGUAUGGAAGUUUCUGUGACAUUAACAUCUUUAAUAGCUACUACAACUUGUCAGUUUCUUUUUAGAGACACCAACUUGGUUGGUGAAAUAAGGUCUACUGAAUCAUGAUGUGCCCUGAGACUGACAUAUGUCAACAUUAUUACUGAUUUCUAUCUACUGCUUUUGUCUCAUCCUCUUUGCAAGUUAUCCUAUUAAACAAAAAGGUAAUGAUCACCAUACUAUCUGUUUUGUACCCAAACACUGAUUCAUAAAUUUUAUUCUGUAUCAGUGUAAUCUGAAACCUAAAUUUGAAUAAACAGGUAAGCCAAGCUCUAACUCUUUUCCAGAUUUUCAGGACCAUCAAAGUCCUCCUAAGUUCUUAACAAGAACUGUCAGUGAGUCACUAAUCAUUUCAGCUAGUUCAUACAAAAUUAAUUUUAUUCAUUCAGUUAUCUGAUUUUUAACUUGGAAGCUUUCAAACUGUUUGAAUGCCAGAUUUUCACACAGACUACCAGUGUAAACAGAUAGGAAGCUCAGAAUUGCAAAUGCUUACUAUGGCCCUGCAUAUCAGCUGCAGAACACAGUACAGGAAUCCUCAACCUUUUCCUUCAUCCUCUUAUUUAAAAGUAUAUGUAAAUUUAUCAAUGAUCUUGUGUAUUGACUGUCACACUCAGUAUUUAUUUGUGGAUGCUAAAACAAAGACAAUGUCAAAUACUUUUAUUUGCAAAAGAUUAGGGAAUGAAACAAUCAGACAUCCUUUUUCUUCUCAUCUUAUGUAUUUAUCAGACUAAAAGUAUUUUGGUUUAUCAUCAUUUUUACUCACAUUGUUUUUCACUUCCACCCAACUUUUUCCAUUUGAUCAAAAUCAAAUCAUAGAAUCAUAGAAUCAUAGAAUUAGCUAGGUUGGAAAAGACCUACAAGAUUAUCCAGUCCAACCAUCCACCUACCACGAAUAACCCCACAUAGAAUCAUAGAAUUAGUUAGGUUGGAAAAACCUAAAACCUAGUCAUAUGCCUAGUCAUUUUCACCACAUUUUGCUAUAGGACACUUACUUUUAUAUAUAUGUUUAUACUUCUAUAGGUAGAUAGAUAUUAUGUUCAAUAAUUUGUAACCUAAAAUGUUUUUUUUCUAGAUUUAUAUGGGGAAAAGCAAAGGCACAGCAUUUCCUCUUUCAAUUAAGUGUUUCUGUCCUCCCCUACCUGUUCACUGAGAUACAAUUUACUUACUCUCAUUCUCAACUUCACAUAUUGAGACAUCGACACAACAAUACAUUUUAUUUUGCCUUUAUCCCUCUGAGAAGAAAACACAGUGUAAAGUCUCAUCUUUUCCUCAUUAAUCACUGCUGAAGACUGAAACUAGAAAGUCCACGAAACCACAGACUCCAGGCCUUCUCUUUGGCCACUAUGGCUAUGAACUCUGGAACAGCCAGUACUGAGCUAUCAGAUGCAUUUUGGGUGCCAGAUGCAACAAGGCUGAGAUUUUGUAAGUGCUUUAGCUUUAGAGAAGUAUCAUAGUGAGGCCCAUCCAGAGAGAUUUUUUCAAAUGAAAAAAAAAAACUGACAAAAUCAAGUACAAAGAAACUCAUGAAAUGUACUUAAA